CCCGCUUGGUUCGCCACGAUUCUGCAUGUUUUUAUUGCAUGGAAGUUAGACUGUCAGUCGUCACACAUGGAAAGCAUGCUCGUUUGGUUCGCUGCGAUUGUGUAUGCUUUCGAUGCAUGGAAGUUAGGCGUUCAGUCGUCACACAUCAAAAGACUUGAAAAAGAAAAGAAAGAGUUACCGUGUAAGCUUGACAAUGCCAAACAAGAAAAUAAGCGACUUUGUGAACGUCGUCAAGAGCUAAAGGAUGCCAACGAACAGCUCGAGAUUACAAGAGCUCAGCUUUUCUGUGACAGGUCUUGCAUCUCAUCAUUGCCCUCCUCUGUUUCCACGCUAUGUGAAGAUGAUGAAGAGAGAGAAUUCUCAGAACUGUUCAAGUCAGAAUUAGUCUUGUCAAAAGCAGGCAAGACAAAGGUAGCAACAGGUAAAGAACAUGCAACAGAUCAAACCUCUGGAAUGGAGGACUGUAUUGCAACAUGUCUCUCUAUGCUCGCCUUCCAAGACAGCAUGACAGAGUUAGAGUUCUUGGCUAUUGCUCUAAUCUUUGUUAAAGUUCUCUUGUGUGACAUGGCGAUUCCCAAAUGUUUCUGUCUGUUGUAA